GGCUAAUUCUUUAUAAAUUAUCAUACGCACAUACACUUGCAGGAGAAAGGAAAAAGCAGAGCCACAAGCAGCUAGAAAAAGAAAAACAAUGGAAGUAACGGAGGCCAGCAUUGUGAUUCCCAGCGAAGACACCCCAAAGCGUAAAAUCUGGCUCUCGAAUUUCGAUCUAACGUUCGGCGUUAGAGAGCACACCCCAUCGAUCUAUCUCUACCGACCCAACGGCGAUCCCAACUUUUUCACGGUGGAGACGCUGAAGUCGUCUCUGAGCAAGGCUCUGGUUCACUUCUAUCCAUUGGCUGGUCGACUCGAGGUAGGCGAAGAUGGCCGUGUCGAGAUCAAUUGCACGGGCGAGGGUGUCCUGUUCACAGUGGUUCAAUCGGAAUACGGUGUGGAGAAGUUCGGAGACUUCGCUCCGUCGGACGAGUUGAGGCAGGCCUUGGUGCCUCCGGUCGCAUCGUCUCAGCCACCGUGCAUGUUGCUGAUGGUUCAGGUAACAUUUUUCAAGGGAGGCGAGGUAGCCCUCGGCCUAGCCAACCACGCUGCCGACGGCCGUAGCUCCUUCCACUUCAUCAAAACAUGGACGGACAUCGCGCGUGGCAUGUCCGACAUCUCCCUCCCUCCUUUCUUCGACCGCACUCUCGUCCGCGCCCGGUCUCCGCCAACCGUCACCGUGGACCACAUCGAAUACAAGAAGCCCAAAAAUUCCAACUCCAACACAUUCAUGGCCCCUCCUCCCUUCGUCACCUCAAUCCUCACUCUCACCAAAAACCAAGUCUCCGCACUUAAAAGAUCAACCAACAGAGAAAAGCCGCUGUCCACUUUUAAAGCUGUGAUCGCCCACAUCUGGCGUAGCGCGUGCGUCGCACGCAAGCUAGCGCCCAACCAUGACACGCGCCUCUACACCGUGGCCGAUGUGCGAUCGCGGCUCAGCCCACCGCUUCCCGGAGCAUACUUCGGUAAUGCGAUCCUUCGUACAUCGGGGGACGCUAAGGUCGGAGAGAUUGUGUCGAACGCGCUUGAAUUGGCCGGAGAGAAGAUACAGAGAGCGGUGGCGAGGGUGGAUGAUGAGUACGCGAGGUCGCUCAUCGAUUACUUGGAGAUGGGGAACGAUGAGAGGGAGUGGUUCUUGACGGAGGGGGAUCUUCUUGUGAUCAGUUGGCUCGGGAUGCCAAUAUAUGAGGUUGAUUUUGGAUGGGGGAAGCCGGAGUUCAUGACGAGAGCCAAUAUGUUCUGCGGUGGAGUCGGGUAUAUAUUGGAUAGUCCCGGGGGGAGUGGAGAUGUGAGUGUUGUUAUGGCGAUGGAGAUUGAGAACAUGGAGGGAUUCAAGAAGGCAUUUUAUCAAGGAUUUGAAGAUUGAUUAGGCUUCGAAGCAUAAAUUUUGUGUUCAUGGAAAUUUUGUUGGGCUGUUUGUAUUUGGAUGGUGUGCAAAGCGAGAGUGUUUAACAAAUGUAUCUGGGGAUGCUUGUUGGUGGAGUUCGAGUUAUGACAUCGCUGAUCAUAAUGCAUCUAUAUAUGUUUGGUGGAAAUUCCACACA